ACCGGACGAGUUGACAUGACUUGGCAGUCAUUGCGGUGAGACGUUCAGGGAGACGUCGGCCUGGGGCUGAAUAAGUGGGCACUAAGGGGGUUCCAGGUUUUGACGGAAUGAGAUUUGUCCUUUGAUAAAGCCUUCUGGGACCCUCUUUUACACCUGUUUGUCUACUUCAGCACCGUGCUGGACGGGUCUACUGAGGAUACAUGUUGGGUAAAGGUGCGAAGCGGAAGCUGGACGAGGAUGAAGAGGGUCUGGAAGGCAAAACGCUGGAGGCGCCCGCUGCGGGAGGCGCUGGUCCGGAGGGCCUUUCUAAGGUGUCCUACACCCUGCAGAGACAGACCAUCUUCAACAUCUCCCUGAUGAAGCUGUACAGCCAGCGUCCGCUCAGCGAGCUGCGCCUGGAGCGCCGCGUGCUCAUCAACAACAUGCUGCGGCGCAUCCAGGACGAGCUCAAGCAGGAGGGCUCCCUGCGGCCGCUGCUGCUGCCGCCCUCGCCGCCGCCGGACGACCCCAUGGACGAGGGCUUCCGGGAGGCGCCGCCGUCGUUCGGCGUGCUGUCGGCGGGCGAGCCGCAGCCGUCCUCCCUGCUGAUGCAGGGAAUCCCCCCGCCGCCUUCGCCCCACCCGGUGGUGCCUCCCGGCUGCCAGGCGUCCCAUCGGCUGGAGGCCUGCCUCACUCCGGCCUCGCUCCUGGAAGAGGAUGGCUCCCCCUCCCCACCCACGCCCCCCAUGUCACCUUCCCCGGGGAGCCACGUGUGCCCCGGUGUCCCUGUGCCUGGCGGCCCCGCCCUCAAUCUCAGAGACAUGGAGUUGGGUGUUUCCAUGGACAGAGCAAGGACAGCAGCAGCUAAUUCUACGACCACAACUACCUCCCCGGCCCCCACCCAGCCCCCUCCAUCGGUGCCCCGCCCCUCUGGCUCAUUCAGAGACUGCAGGACUGUGGCCGCUAAAACAGAGGCAGCCGCUGCGUUCGUGGUGGAGAGUCGGAGUGCUGACCUCCGGCAGACGGACCCUCCCCCCCCACACAGCCCCGCGAGCCUCGAAGACAUUUGUCCCGCCGCUCUGUCCCCUCCUUCCUCUUCCUCGCCCUCGGGCUUCCUGUCGGACCUGGCGCUGGACGAUGUCCUGUUCGCCGACAUCGACACAUCCAUGUACGACUUCGACCCCUGCACGACGGGGGGGUCCGUCGGCGUCACGGCGGGCGGCGGCCUCACGAAGUUGCCACCAGUGAUGAACGCAGACGACCUGCUCAAGUCACUGGCGUCGCCGUACGGAGGCUCCGCCCCCCAAGUUUCAGUCAGUCAGCCUUUUAAAAUAGAUCUGACAGAGUUGGACCACAUCAUGGAGGUGUUGGUGGGCUCAUGACUCGAGGAAAGACUUUUUAUUCCAGACUGGAAGUAAAACGUGGGAUUGACUUUCUGGCUUCCUGUUUUUAUAUUUGGUUCUUUUCUUUAUCUUUUUUUCU